AUGGUUGUUUACAUGCUUACUUGUUUAGGUUACUAUUACCUUGUUGAUACCGGUUAUCCAAAUAGUGGAGGAUUUCUUGCUCUCUUUAGAGGUCAACGUUAUCAUUUGAAGGAAUGGGGGCGAGAUCGUUUAGAACCCAGGACAGCUGAAGAAUUGUUCAAUAUGAAACAUUGUAGGGCUAGGAAUGUGAUUGAAAGAGUUUUUGGAUUGUUGAAAAUGAGAUGGGAAAUACUUAGGGGUCCCUCUUGGUAUCCUGUGAACAUACAUUGCCGUUUUAUCAUGGCCUGUUGUUUGAUACAUAACCUUAUUAGGAGAGAAAUGCCUAUGGAUGAAUUUUUUCCGGAAGAUGAAUAUGAAGAUGGACCAAUUAAUUUGGUUUCUCCUCAAGAAAGUCGAAUGAUCGAACAUGUCGAUUCCUCGAAUUAUUGGGAUGUUCAGAGAAAGGAGUUAGCUGAUCAAAUGUGGGAAAGAUGGACUGCACGUAGAUGUAGGCGCAUAUUUAGUUAA